AUGCCUCUUCCCGACGACGCAAAUACCGUCACUGGCGGCUGCUCAUGCGGCGCCAUCCGCUACCGCAUCGCCAUCCCUUGUCUUGAGGAUAGGCCCUUGCACCCGAUGGCACCUCCUUCUUCCAACACACGCCUCCCAACCGCGAUUACAUGCCACUGCAACGAUUGCCGGAGAUCAACUGGUGCAUUCCUCCCACUUGCCAUGGCCGACAUCCCAGCCACUAUGCUCACGGUAUCUGCCAUCUCUCCCUCUUCAGAGUCCACCAUUGUGAGCGGCCGCUUCCUAGAUGUGCUCGCGGAAGACUAUGACGCUGAAAAGGCCGACGCGGACCGUCCCCCCUAUGUCCCAGGCACGCAAGCCUUCCUCGCAGGAGAAGAAAGCAAAACCUGGAUCCGUUUCUACCACACCAGAAGCUGCGGCAAAGCCUGGUCCCGCAGCUUCUGCGGUCGAUGCGGAACACACAUCUGCUUCCACUUCAAGCUUCUCCCCGAGUACUGCCAGGACGGAAACCUUCCCAAGGAUUUCGAGGACGUGUUUCACAUCUAUCUCGGCACGAUGGAUCGCGAGUUUCUGGAGAAAAAUUGGUUCGCACCUGUUUCAGAGGUCAACUUCAAGCUUGGCACGCCGUUUAGCAAGAGUGUUUCUGCUACGGCCAAGGGGUUGAAGGAGCUUCCGAAGGUUCAGGAGUUUGAUGGGGAAGUGACCGAGGAGGAACUGGGCAAAUUGGCAGCCUGA